CGCUACUAAUUAAUGUCGCUAAUAAAGAUUUUUCUCAAACCUCAUUCUGACUUCAUACGCAUAACAUCUCAGGUACUAAAUAUCCAAAAGGAUUUACACCUGUCAGUGAAGUGUCAAAUGUGUCAAAAAAGUUGAUGGUCGUGAAACCCCUUUGAUAUAACUAACAAAAUAGCUGAUAAAAGUGCCUCGACGAAAAUGCCUGUGGCCGUUACGACAGCGCAGGCAAAUAAGAGCGAACGCGAAGAGCGACUCUUGUCCGCCUUAAAAGCACACAUUUUAAAGGAGCGUCAACGCAAGAAAGAAGAACAUGAAGCCGAAGUGGAAGAGGAACGCCAGCGCAAAGAACGGGAGGCACGCGAGCAACAAGACGUCAUGACGCUAGGGGAGACACGCGAGCAAAUACAAAAACUUGAACUCAAGCUCAAGGAACUGAACAAUCAAAAACAGCAACUCUUCUUACAACUAAAGAAAGUAUUGAAUGAAGACGAAAAUCGUAAAAAGCAACAGCAACAGAAAGAGAGUGAAAUACUGGCAAUGCAUGCCAUGCCUCCGCAAAACUCGCCCCACGCUCAGGUGUUUCUACCACCCCGGCAAACGCAUCAGCCCAUUCUGCAGAAGACAGGGGGACCAGUCGGAAUCACAAACGCACCUACGAAACGUGGCCGAAGCCCGUCGCCGCCGCUUCAACAGAAUUACUACAAAAGUGCUGCUUAUUCCCAGUUGCCCAAACAUGAUGACAGUCGAGCGCGGGCGAAUGAAACGCGGGUGCUUUGGAAAUCCCCUCAAUACGCCCCAGCACAGGGAGCAUUAUUCUAUCAAACAACAAAUGGGCCAGACUCCCGUCCGCAGCCCAUCAUCUACCCCUCCUAUAACCCGACCUUAAACAUGCCGCUGCGACAAAAUUAUCACAUUGAGAUGCAGCAGCCACCUCCAUCGCAGGCACACCCCCAGAAAAGUGACCAACCUCCGAAAUCUGCACAGGUGUAUCAUAUAAACGUUGAACAACCACCGCAACCGCCUCCACCGUCGAAUCAAUCGUCACAGCCCAACAGCGGACCGCCACCCUCUCAUAAAUCCGCACCUCCACCACAGGUAGGAAUUGACAAAAUGCAACAAGAGCGCGGGGCGUAUCAUGUUGAAGUCAAAAUGGAUCAAUCACAUCCGCCACCUCCCCAUAGUUUACCUGAUGGGGUUGUGUAUGCACCAUUAAUGCAGGGCCACCCGGCUAUGCAUCCGGGCAAGUGGGAAAUGCAAAUACCGGCGCCAAGCCAACCACAAAGUGCGAAAACUGCGGGCAGCAUAACCCAAGGUUAUUCGAGUCGAGUGCCUCCCGGACAUAGCCAACCCCCUCCGAUGCAGGGACAGCCUCCGCAGCAACCGCCUCCAUCAUCUCAACAAAUUCACUACACAAGGAGGUUAUACUAAUGAUUUUUAAAAAUGACGAAUUGUGUAAAAUUUAUUUCAGUUGUGUUGUAUCUGAGGAAAGUGCAAGUGAAAAUAAAUAUAACAUAAGAAAACAG